ACGGACGACAAUUGUUCUGUCACAGUUCCCAUUCUUUUACUUCCCGCUGGCCACUUACUUGCAGACCGGUGCGACCGCUGACAAGACCUGAAAGAACUCUCGCCUCAACAUAAUCACUGAAUCGCCUGCGGGUCGCCGGUGUUAAACCAGCUGGUUUUCACAGCAUAUUUCGAUAGUAAUUUUUUUAACCUCCAGUAUGAACCAAAAACCUUCAAAAUUUCAAUAUACAGGAGCUAUAGUUUGUGGAAUUCCUUCCUCGCUUCCUGACGCUGCGCAAAGACUUAGUGAUCCUCCAGAACCCGUGGAUUACAACAAAGCGGUGCAACAACACCUCGCGUAUGUUCGUGCCUUGAAAGAUCUUGGAUUACAAGUUACAGAGCUGCCUACGGACGAGGAGUAUCCUGAUUGUGUCUUUGUCGAAGAUGUGGCUGUUGUGUGUGACAAAGUUGCCCUACUUGCCCGUUUAGGUCACACAACUCGACGUGGUGAAGCAGCGAAAAUGAAGACAACUCUCCAAAAACUUGGGUUGGAGAUCGAAGAAAUGCAAGAGCCGGCUGCUUUAGAUGGCGGAGAUGUACUGUUUACUGGCAAAGAAUUUCUGGUAGGGCUGUCUACCAGAACAAAUCAAGCAGGAAUAAAUUGUUUGGCUGAAACGUUCCCUAGCUACCCCGUUACAGCUGUUCCAGUAACCGAGCAUCUUCACCUGAAAUCCAUGAUGACUAUGGCAGGCGAUGAUAUCGUUGUGGUUGGAGAAAGUGAAGAGGCCAAGAAUGCUUGGUCCGAAGUGGAGAAAAAAGCGAGGUUUCGCUACGAAAAGCUAAGUGUACCUGAAGACACUGCGGCUAACUGUGUAUUUGUCAACGGUACACUGUUACACUUGCCUGCACACGAAAUUCCAAACAGUAUUGAGGUGUUUAAUCAAAUUACAGGACCAAAGAUUGAACUGGAAAAUUCUGAACUUCAUAAAGUUGACGGCUGCCUUACUUGCUUGUCCAUCUUAAUAUGAAAGAAUCUUUGUAACUAGAAAAUACCAACUGCAUCAAAUUCACAAUUAAUCAAAACUACAACUAAAUUCUCGAACAUGAUUGGUUAUCACCAGUCGGAUUUGAGCUCUUAUAGGACAGUGUACACAUCGUGCUUGUAAUUGGUCUGUGUGAAAGGACCUAGAACCUAGAAAGGAUUGGAUAAAUUUUUGAGGUGACUGAAGCAAACACAAAAGGUCUUGUAAAUGUUUGCAAAAUUUUAUUUUCCUUUAUACAUUAUGUUUGAGAAGUGAGGGGUCCACAGUUUACAUUAAAAAAAGGCAGAAGAGAUAUUCUCUCUGAUGACCCUCAUAACCAUUGACCUCAAUCUUGUUUUUAGAGUUUUGAAAAUUCAUAACAUAUUACAUUGACUCAGUAAAAUACAACACUCUUACAGGAG